UUAAAUAACAUUUUUCUCAAUUUAAAUAUCAAUAAAUUUGGCUCCUCCAAUAAAAAAGAAAGCACUAAAAUUUGACAAAGUAAAAACAGAGUUUUUUAUCUGUAAGUAAGAAAAAACAAAUUCAUUAUCCUUCGUUUCCGAUUUCCACUUCACUCCGGAGGUGCUCAAACUCAAAAAUGGCGUCGCAGCUUCUUAAUGUUCCUCAUCUCGCUUUCUUCCCUAAAAUCUCAUAUGCUUCCGUCUUCUCAACACUAAAGCCCAGUUUCUUCCACUCUACUUCCACUAGAAGAGCUCUCAAAUCAUCCCCCAGUUCCCGGAUUAUCAACCUCCAAGCCGUCGCCGAAACUAGCUCUGAAAUCGAAAGCAAUAGUGUCACUGAAACAACUGUGCCAUUGACUCUACGUCAAAUCUGCCAAGGUUUUGUGCCCGAGCAUAUCUUGCACAGAAUGGAGGAGAUUGGAUUUGUCUUCCCCACGGAUAUUCAAAGAGAAGCUCUUCCUACUUUGUUUACAGGCCGUGAUUGCAUCCUCCAUGCUCAAACAGGUUCAGGAAAGACAUUGACUUACCUCUUACUCAUAUUCUCUCUUAUAAACCCUCAACGAUCUUCUGUGCAAGCUGUUAUUGUUGUUCCCACUCGAGAGCUCGGUAUGCAAGUUACAAAAGUUGCUCGAAUGUUGGCUGCAAAAUCGGAGAUUGAUGUGAAAGGAUGUACUGUGAUGGCUCUCUUAGAUGGAGGGACGCUAAGAAGGCACAAAAGCUGGCUAAAGGCUGAGCCACCAGCAAUUUUGGUUGCUACGGUAGCAAGUUUGUGUCACAUGCUAGAAAAGCACAUAUUUAGAAUUGACUCGGUGAGAGUUCUUGUUGUAGAUGAGGUUGAUUUCUUAUUCUACUCAUCAAAGCAAGUUGGUUCUGUGCGGAAGCUUUUGACAUCAUUUUCUUCAUGCGAUAAACGUCAGACAGUUUUUGCAAGUGCUUCUAUUCCCCAGCAUAAACAUUUUGUGCAUGACUGUAUACAACAAAAGUGGACAAAGAGGGAUGUUGUCCAUGUUCAUGUUAGCGCAAUCAUGCCCAUGCCGUUGUGCCUUCUUCACAGAUUUGUUAUGUGUGAGAAGACAAACAAGCAUCAAGUACUACUUGCCUUGUUAGAGUCUGAUGCACCUGAAUCAGCUAUCAUUUUUGUCGGCGAGCAGUCUGAGAAGUCAAAAAAGGCUGGAAAUGAUCCAUCUACAACUCUACUAAUGGAAUUCCUAAAAACUUCAUAUAAAGGCUCGCUGGAGAUCCUCCUACUAGAGGGGGAUAUGAAUUUCAAUUCACGAGCAGCUUCACUAACAGAAAUCAGGCAAGGAGGAGGGUUUCUUCUUGUUUCUACUGAUAUUGCAGCAAGAGGGAUUGAUCUACCAGAAACAACUCAUAUUUUUAACUUUGAUCUCCCACAAACGGUUACAGAUUAUCUGCACCGAGCUGGAAGAGCUGGUCGAAAACCCUUUUCUGACAGGAAGUGCAUUGUCGCUAAUCUGAUCACCUCGGAGGAAAGAUUUGUCUUGCAAAGAUACGAAAAUGAACUUAUGUUCAGCUGCGAGGAAAUGAUGUUGUAGGUACAGUCUUAACUAUCUCAGUAUAAAAAUUUUGCAUUAUUGCCUUUGUUUUCUCCUUUUUUUUUUCCGUGACUACCAUUACUGGUGAGUCCAGACACCACAGCCUAAUGUAACUAGUUAAGUACAUGGGAAGAGUAUAUGUGAAGUGUCAUCACUAUCAAAUAAAUUUCUUUGUAAUU